AUGCCUCAAACAGUCUGGUUCAUUACAGGCACAACAUCAGGUAUUGGCGCUGCCCUCGUCAACCACAUUCUCUCCCGCGGCGACAAAGUCAUCGCCUCAGGUAGAAACGUGCAAAAGAAACUCAACCACCUCAAGUCCCAGCCGAACGCCUUUCUACUGGAACUAGAUGUGGCAGCAGAGAAACUCAUCAUCGAAGCUCAAGUGAAGAAGGCCUGGGAGGCGUUUGGGCAUGUUGACGUCCUGAUCAACAAUGCGGGCAUGUCCGCUCUGCGGACUGCAGAGGAUGCCGACGACACCUUUGUCAACACAAUCUUCCAAGUCAACCUCUUCGGCCACCUCCACAUGUCGCAAGCCAUCCUGCCCUACUUCCGCGCCCAAGGCCACGGCACAAUCGCAUUCACCUCGUCCGGCUGCGCCUGGGGCGCCCUCCCUUACCUGUCGCACUACUGCAUGACAAAGGCAGCACUGAGUUCCUUUGCAGAGAGCGUUCACAAGGAGGUUUCCCACAUGGGCAUCAAAUGCGUUGCUUUUGAUCUUGGUGGCUUUCCAACUCGUCUGGCGCAACCUCAUGAGGUGUCGUUCCCUGAAUCACCAGUUUCUGAGCCUUAUGCAGAGACUUUUGGAGAGUAUCUCAGCCUCUUCUUGCCGGACCCAAGCUGGACCAUUCCAGGAGACCCCAACAAGGCGGCGUCUGCAAUGGUGGACGUUAUCCGGCGCCAGGGAGCGGCAGCGGGUCGUCCCUGGGCAGUUCGCGUGGUUCUGGGAUCGGACUGCUUGACCUAUGCGAGGAAGAGGCGACAAGAAGAGCUCAGGCUCCUGGAGAAGUGGCAGGAUGUGAGCUCGAGCACUGAUACGAGGGAAUUCGCGUUGAAGCCCGAGUACGAGAAAUACAUUGUUGUUGCAGGACUAGAAGAAUGA